GCAUCACUGCCCUACGAUGACAGGCAUUACAAAAGUUACCGGCGCGGUUUCGACCACCAAUUACCUUGACAUUUGCACGGGGGCGUUUCUCGUUGCAUGAUACCAGCGACUUUUGAUCUUGCUUUUUUUGGAGUUUUUGUCUUUCUUUUCUCGUCUUGCUAGCGACGUUUCAGUUCAGGAGAUCAACCCAGGGACUUCAUUGGGAUUGUUUUUCUUCUAUGACAGUGUGUACUUCUAUUUCGGAGGGCUCGAGACGAUUCAUACCCGAGGGCAACCUCACCGCAUAUGACUUGAAGAAAGCGGAAUGGAGGAGCUAUCUGAUGCCUGCUGACCGCAUGGGCGGGGCCGGGCGGGGGAAAAUGAAUGUUUUUGUCGGAUUACGGAAAGGACCAUUUACUGUGGGAAGAGGAGGUGGGAAACCUAGUAGCGGGGCAUUCCCGGAGGGCGUCUCGCACCAGCGAACAAAAAGCCGCAGGAAGCUAGGGGAUGGUCAAAGAACAGGAAAAAGAAAAGAACAAUCCCUGCUGGCCGCAUUGGGUGACGAGGACGAUAUGGAGGAGAAGAGCAAAAGCAGCAGUAGUGCAGCAUGGGCCAAAAAAAAAAGAAACAAAACGUCGUUUAAGCUACUUUAUCUUGUUCACUUGACUUGUUCACUCGAUCGCAACAGUAAUUGCUUGUGCUGAGAGUCUGGGUCACUUUGCAGUUCCAUGUUGCCUGUGCUGAUUGAUCUAUUUGAUCUACGAAGUACUUACUUUUCGUACUUUGACUUUUGUAGAACCCGUGACAUUGGAAAUUACAGCAUUGAGGCACCACACCUGAUAGAGUCUCGCUUACCCAAGCGGUCGGGUGCUUCAGGAUAAAUAUUGCACGGCUGUUUGUG